AUGGCUGCUCCCCUUCGCGUGGGAGGCUCCCUCCUCCGGGCUUCGUCGAAACCCGCUAUCUCGAGAGCUGCGUACUCGGGUGUCCGAGCUGCGAGCACCCAGUCUCUCAAGGAGGUGUUCGCUGCCAAACUCCCUGGCGAGAUCGAGAAGGUGAAGAAGCUGCGGAAAGAUUACGGAUCCAAGGUCAUUCAAGAGGUCACCCUCGACCAGGUCUACGGCGGUGCGCGCGGCAUCAAGUCUCUUGUCUGGGAAGGCUCCGUGCUCGACUCAGAGGAGGGCAUCCGCUUCCGCGGCAAAACCAUCCCAGAAUGCCAGGAGGUUCUUCCCAAGGCCCCUGGCGGCGAGGAGCCUCUUCCCGAGGGUCUCUUCUGGCUUCUGUUGACCGGCGAGGUCCCCAGCGAGCAGCAAGUCCGUGCCCUGUCCGCUGACUGGGCCGCUCGCUCCGACCUCCCGAAGCACGUUGAAGAGAUCAUCGAUCGCUGCCCGACCGACCUUCACCCCAUGGCGCAGUUCUCCAUGGCCGUUGUUGCCCUCGAGCGCGAGUCUGAGUUCGCCAAGGCAUACGCGAAGGGCCUGAACAAGAAGGAAUACUGGCAAUACACUUUUGAGGACUCGAUGAACCUUAUCGCAAAGCUGCCCACCAUUGCCUCCAAGAUCUACCGCAACGUGUACAAGGACGGCAAGGUUGCGCCGAUCCAGAAGGACAAGGACUACAGCUUCAACUUGGCCAACCAGCUGGGCUUUGGCGACAACAAGGAUUUUGUUGAGCUGAUGCGCCUUUACUUGACCAUUCAUACCGACCACGAGGGCGGCAACGUCAGCGCCCACACCACUCACCUGGUCGGCAGCGCGCUCAGCUCCCCCAUGCUCUCUCUUGCCGCAGGUCUCAAUGGUCUUGCUGGUCCUCUCCACGGUCUCGCCAAUCAGGAGGUGCUCAACUGGCUCACUCAGAUGAAGCAGUCGGUUGGUAACGAUCUUAGCGACAAGUCCAUCACCGACUAUCUCUGGUCGACUCUGAACUCCGGCCGUGUCGUGCCUGGCUAUGGUCACGCGGUACUACGCAAGACUGAUCCUCGCUACGUUUCGCAACGCGAGUUCGCUCUGCGCAAGCUGCCGGAUGACCCCAUGUUCAACCUCGUUAGCCAGGUUUACAAGAUUGCUCCUGGUGUCUUGACUGAGCACGGCAAGACCAAGAACCCCUACCCCAACGUUGAUGCGCACUCCGGUGUCCUCCUGCAGUAUUAUGGUCUGACUGAGGCUAACUAUUACACCGUCCUCUUUGGUGUCUCUCGCGCCAUUGGUGUUCUGCCCCAGCUCAUCAUUGACCGUGGUCUCGGUGCUCCUAUCGAGCGUCCCAAGUCUUUCAGCACCGAAGCCUAUGCUAAGCUGGUUGGUGCUUCUCUGUAA